GUGUGUGUGUUGUGGCGUGUAAAGACCCGGGCCAUAUGGAUUUAGCACAAUAACAAACCACGCCAACGGCUUGCUAAAGAAACGCUGACGGUGUUUUCUAAAAGCUGUAAAGUCCUACCUUUUUUUUUUUUUUUUUGGUUUGUUUGGUUUUUUGGCUCGCGGAUAUGGAUCUGCUCCCAGCCCUUGAGGCGGCCAAAAUCUACCACACCAACUACGUGAGAAACUCCCGAGCCAUCGGCGUCAUGUGGGCAGUGUUCACCAUCUGCUUCGCCAUCAUCACCGUGGUGGUCUUCAUCCAGCCCUACUGGAUCGGGGACAGCGUCAGCACCCCGCAGGCCGGCUACUUCGGCCUCUUCCACUACUGCAUCGGCAACGCGCUGACCUCGGAGCUCACCUGUAAGGGCAGCGUGCUGGACUUCGGCUCCAUCCCUUCGCCGGCCUUCAGGACUGCCAUGUUCUUCGUGGGGACCUCCAUGCUGCUGGUUGUCGGCACCAUGGUCUGUUUCAGCCUGUUCUUCUUCUGCAACGCCGGGAACGUCUACAAGAUCUGCGCGUGGAUGCAGCUGGCCUCCGCCGUGUUGAUGGUGAUGGGCUGCAUGAUCUACCCGGACGGCUGGGACUCUCCAGAGGUGAAGAGGAUGUGUGGCCAGAGGACGGAUAAGUACAGCCUGGGGAACUGCACGGUGCGCUGGGCCUACAUCCUGGCCAUCAUCAGCAUCCUGGAUGCCCUCCUCCUGGCAUUUCUGUCCUUCACUCUUGGCAACCGGCAGGACAAACUGCUGCCGGAUGACUUUGAGGUGGAGGGAACAGGAGAGGGUUAAUGCAAACAGAAAACCCCUGAUGGAUACACAGACCUUCAAGACCACAGUUUGAUACAGACAUACUUUGAUGGAAUUCAAGGGUCAAGACAAGCAUCUUGAAAUUUCAUGGUGCAUUUCAGGUCACACUGUUCAUAUUUCUUGCCUUUUGUGUUUGUUUGUUUCAACAGCAGUUGUAGUGGUAAACAACUUUGGGUGGAUUGGAAUUUUUUAGUCCUGCUUCAUAAACCAGAGCAUAAUAUCUUCGUGCAGAGUUUAACCUCUGUAAUUUAUGUCAAAAAAUCGAAUA